AUGGACGUUAGACCUUAUGAAGGAGGACGAUUUGAGAAAAUUGGAAGUGAGGAAGCUCACACUAUCGAAACAUUCGAAAGACGAAUUCACGGAACUCCACACAGUGAGCCACAACGACAAGUCUCUUCAAAACAGUAUACCGAACGAAGAACUUAUGGACGUGAUGAAAAUGGAGAGAUUGUGGUGAAAAUAGAGAAAAAUCCAGCCGAACCUGUUCGUCCAGCAUCCCCUGUCAGACCAGUCACCCCAGUCGGAGGGGAAAACUCUUUGAGCCGACACUUGCUCCAACCCAUUCAACCACUCCAUAUCCCACGCAUCGACAUUCAACCGGCCAACUCCUCAAGACAUGCUUCGCCAAGACAUAAGUAUGAUGACGUUUCGCCAAGAUCCGGAUCUAUCAAUAUGCUGUCGCCAAGAUCUGGACAUUCUGCCUCUUCUAGAUCUGGAGCAGGAUCCAGACAAAGCAAUGUGUCAGUCAACUCUGCUAAUCUGCCAAUGAAAAAGGUUACUAAAAAGUCGAGAUGGGUAUCCAUUCAUGAUGGUCGUCCAGUGUCCCCAUACACCGAGAAAGUCUCAUUUGAGGUUGCCAUCCCAGUUCAGCCAGAUAGAUAUUCAAGCGCAUCCGCUCGAUCCUACAGCAGCUCUCCACACGUUUCGCGUCGUCCAAGCGAAUGCGCGUAUCUGAUGGAAAACCCGCUCUACCAGGAUUGA